AUGUCUCUCAAUAUCGUGAUAAUUGGAGGACACGGCAAGGUGGCGCUCCACCUCGCCCGCAAAGCGUCUACCGCUGGGCAUACAGUGACAUCGGUCAUCAGAGACCCCUCUCAAAACGAAGAUAUUUCGGCUACUGGUGCGAAACCUCAUGUCUUGUCCCUCGAGGAUGCCCCUAUAUCCGAUUUCAGCAAUCUUUUUACUGAAACCAAGGCCGAUGUUGUUUACUUCAGUGCUGGAGCAGGGGGCAAAGGUGGCGAGGAACGUACCAAGGCUGUUGAUUAUCAGGGUGCACUCAAAACAUUCGAUGCGUAG